CCGCCAACGUCUGUGGUAGAUCAGUCCAAACGCGAGGAUAACCAGACAGAGGAGGUCGUCAAGAUGUCUGCGCUAUUCAACUUCCAGUCCCUCCUUCUCGUCUUCCUGCUCAUCAUAUGUACGAGCGCUUACACCCACUCCAUGAUGCCAGGAAUCAUGGACCGCAAUCAGCAUGGCUUCUUCGGUAUCUUUUGGAAAUGCGCCAGGAUUGGAGAGCGGCUUAGUCCAUAUAUCAGCAUAUGCUGUGUUAUGAUGGCGAUCUCGAUCUUCUUCGGUGGUUGAAAUCUGGCAGGGUAUGUUACUGAGCGGGGGUCGGCGUUGUCGUAUCAAUCAAUUUUAUUGUCUAUUGUGGUUUGGAUCCACGAAGCAUAUGGAAAAAGAACAGAUCAUGAAUAGUAGUUAAU